AUGUCCAAUUUAUUUUCUCUUAUUUUUAUCAUAACUGCUCUGAUUGGAUCUGUGGCAGGACUUCUAGGAAAUGCAGCUAUCUUGGCUGUCAGUUCAGCUAGCUGGGUGAGGAACAUUAUCUCCUAUGACAUGUUGAUGAUCUUUCUGAGUUUAUCAAGAAUCUGUUUGCAGUACUGGAUUAUGCAGGAUUUGUUUGUAGGUUUGGUCUUCCCAUCUUUCUACUAUGUUGACAAUUUAUUUGUAACUUACAAGACAGUUUUUAUGUUCCUGAACUAUGCCAGCCUCUGGUUUGCUGCCUGGCUUAGUGUCUUCUAUUGUACGAAGGUUGCCACUUCUACACAAUCUUUCUUCAUCUGGCUGAAGCAAAGAAUUUCCAAUCUUGUGCCCUGGAUGCUGAUAACAUCAUCUCUUUUUUCCUUUGCAACCAGUUUUCCUUUCUUCUGGAACAUCUACAGCGUGCAUGACAACUUUACUGCUCCUUUAACUGUGACAAACUCUUCAGAAAGGACAGCCACAAUGAGAACUAGUUUUUUUGUAUUGAUUCUUCUCUGUAACGCUGGUAUAGCCUUGCCCUUGAUAUUGUUUGUUGUUUCAAGUAUCUUGCUCAUUAGGUCUCUGUGGAGACAUAUGAGAAAGAUGCAAAAUAAUACAACUGGCUUCAGGGAUCCUUGCUCAGAAGCCCACAUGGGUGCCAUAAAGUCAGUCCUCUCCUUCCUCAUUCUGUAUGUUACAUAUUUUAUUGCUUUGGUGCUUAUUUUAUCUGACAUGUUCUUACCUUUCAGCACUGGGGAAGCAUUAUGUACAGCUGUAAUGGCUGCUUGUCCUUCAGGACACUCUAUGAUCUUAAUCUGGAGCAACCCCAAAUAUCAAGAGCUGCCAGCUAGGAUUUUUAACCACACAAACUGUCAAAGGAGACCUAGAUCCAUAUAA